AAUAGCCAGAAGAUAAAUAGGUAUGUACACAAAUACAGAGUGAAUAUUAUUGUUUUCUUCUCCUCGUCUCUUCAUUAAGAUCCUUUCUUCUUGGUUCCAUUUGAGUCUUCUUCUUUUUUUCUUCUUAUCACAAGAGAAAAAUCAAACAUAUAUAUAAUUCAAGAUUGCAAAAUAAAUAUGGCGGCUGCUUCCUCAUCUACAUCAUUUUUGGGAAUAAGAGAAGAAAAUCAAAGUCAGAUAACAAAUCUUCAUCAUCUUCACCAUCAUCAAUCCAUCACUACUUCUGCUACUUCAUCAGCUCCUCCAACAACAAUUCCUCCAAAGAAAAGAAGAAAUCAACCUGGAACACCAAAUCCAGAUGCAGAGGUAAUAGCACUAUCUCCGAAGACACUAAUGGCAACAAAUAGAUUUAUAUGUGAGGUUUGCAAUAAAGGGUUUCAAAGGGAGCAAAAUCUUCAACUUCAUAGAAGAGGACACAAUCUUCCUUGGAAGCUAAAACAAAAGUCUAACAAAGAGCCAAAGAGAAAGGUUUAUUUGUGUCCUGAGCCCACUUGCGUCCAUCAUGAUCCUUCAAGGGCUUUAGGAGACCUAACUGGCAUCAAAAAGCACUACUCUCGUAAGCACGGUGAGAAGAAGUGGAAAUGUGAAAAGUGCUCAAAGAAAUAUGCUGUUCAAUCUGAUUGGAAAGCUCAUUCUAAGACUUGUGGUACUAGAGAAUAUAGAUGUGAUUGUGGCACCCUCUUCUCAAGGCGUGACAGUUUCAUCACUCAUAGAGCAUUUUGUGAUGCAUUAGCACAAGAGAGUUCAAGACACCCUAACCCUUUUGGUACUCACUUAUAUGGCACAAACACAAACCACAUGAGUUUAGGUCUAUCCCAAGUUGGUUCUCAAAUCUCCCAAUUGCAAAAUCAAAACCAAACAUCCAACACUAACAACAACAUUUUGCGACUUGGAUCAACACAACCAAAGUUUGAACCCUUAAUCUCUCACUCUUCAUUAAUUGGACACUCAAUUCCAUCUUCACCAUUCUUCAUGACUGAUAUUCCAAAUCAAUCAUCCUUUGAAGAACAACAAUUCUCAAACAAACAACUACAUGGUCUAAUGCAACUUCCUGAUCUUCAAGGCAACACAAAUAAUUCUUCCAAUAUUUUCAACCUCAUGAAUAUCCAUGAACAUCAUCAAUUCAACAACAACAUUAAUACUAGUAACCAAGGAACAACACUUUACAAUAUUAACAACAACCCUCUUAUAAGUGAUCAUCAACUCUUUGUGAAUUCAAUGCAACAACAAGAAUCUCCUCACAUGUCAGCCACUGCAUUGCUUCAAAAAGCUGCUCAAAUUGGUUCUACUUCAACCAACAACAAAGGUACUUCUUUACUAAGAGGAAUGUGUACUACUUCUUCAACUAAUAAUAUUAAUGAUGAUAAUCAUAACAUUAAUGCAACUUUUGGAAGAAGUUCAAGUAUGGAGGAAAAUGAGCAUCACAACAAUGAACUUCAUGGAUUGAUAAACUCUUUUGCAAAUGGGAACACAUCCAUAUUUGGAAAUGUGCAAGGGAAUGAUAAGUUAACUUUAGAUUUUCUUGGUGUUGGAGGAAUGGUGAGAAACAUGAGUGGUGGAUUUUCAUCACAAAGUGAACAACAUGGCAUCAAUACUACGAGUGUGGUAUCUUUGAAUGCUGACGUAAAAUUACCACAUUCGAAUCAACGUUUUGGAAGUUCAAAUAUGAUGCAAUGAGGAAAAAGCAAGGUUAGGGUGAGAGAAAAAUAUUGCUUGUUCUAUGUGAUUAAGUAAGUACUAAACAUGUUUAAAGCUUUUUAUUUUAUUUUUGUUUCCUUAAAAGAAGUGUACUUAAUUAGUUUAUUGUUAAAUUAGGGUUCCAAUUCUAGAAAUUUUAGUUACAAUAUUUGUAUUUUUGUUGAACACAUCCCUUUCCCAACUCUCGCUCUCUCUUUGAGUGUGAUGUGAUAGAGAUAUAAUAAAUUCACUGUUUCAUUGAA